CAAAAAAAUACAGUAAUGGCUCGUGAGCCGUGACAAGCAUUCUAUACUGGGCCUCCAAGAACACCAAGCUGCUCGACCGUUAAAUUCUUAUAUAUUUCCUUACAAAUUUGAUUUUUCCAUAUAUCAAAGAUACUUCCACGACCACGAUUACACACUUUUCAUUACAGAGUCAAAAAGCCCUAGACAUUUUUCCAGUCAAGCUCGCAAUAUCUCGCUUUUACUUCUAUAUUUUGGGCUAAUGGCUAAAGUACCUAUGGAUGUGGAUUAUAUUCCUGAUGAGAGUAACUAUCUUGUGGAUUCGAAAGGUCUACACGAAAUUGAGCUGAAGAAGUUUUUGAAAACAGCAACCCAAUCCUUUUUCAAACAACAUGGCUUGAUAAGUCAUCAACUGAACUCAUAUAACGAGUUCAUAAGAGACGGUAUCCAAGAGGUUUUCAGCUCUGUUGGAGAGAUACCUGUUAAGCCAUUGUAUGAUUCAUCUCAAUACGGUGAUGGUGAAUGGAGAUCUGCAUCAGUAAAGUUUGGAAAGGUCACCUUUGAACAACCGAAAUUCUAUGCAGGCGAAAAUUUCCCAACAGAUGAUGGUGAUUGUUUUAAGGAUAUGUUGCCCAGACAUGCUAGGCUUCAGAAUAUGACAUAUGCAGCUAGGAUGAAAGUCCAGGUCAACUUUAAGGUAUACACCGAAAAGAUGGCCAGAAGCGUUGGCUUUGGAAAUGAAAAUGAUCAGUAUGUUGAGAAGACUGUUUCUAGUGAAAAUAACACGGAAAUGAUUAUGGGGAAGCUUCCGGUUAUGGUGAAAUCAGAUUUGUGCCGAAUGAAAGGAGUUACCGAAGGUGAUUGUGAUUUUGACCAUGGAGGUUAUUUUAUAAUCAACGGAGCUGAGAAGGUCUUUGUUGCCCAGGAGCAAAGCUGCUUGAAGAGGCUGUGGUUGUCUUGCAAUCCCAGUUGGACUGCCUCUUAUCGUCAUACAUUUAUAAGAAAAAGGGUGCAAGUAAAACUAGUGGACUCUUCCAAAAUUGAACAUACUGGAGGAAGAAAAGUUCUUAGUGUAAAAUUCCUGACUGAAAUGCCAAUCUGGAUCUUAUUUUUUGCACUUGGUGUUUCCUCUGAUAAAGAGGUUGUGAACCUGAUUGAUGCUAAUGCUGAAGAUGGUACUGUUGUCAAUAUCCUAAGAGCUUCAAUGCGUGAAGCUGACAAUCAAUGCGAAAAUUUCCGUAGAAGGGGAAUUGCUCUUAGUUAUAUAGAACAACAAUUCAAAACUUGUGAAUUUCCACCUGAGGAGUCCGUUCAGGAGUGCAUUGACAAGCUUCUGUUACCCAAGCUUGUUGGUAUCAAGCAAAAGGCUCGUUUUCUUGCUUAUAUGGUGAAGUGUCUUCUAAAGGCUUAUACUGGCCGCAGAAAAUUUGAUUGCAGGGAUGAUUUCAGAAACAAAAGGUUAGAGCUGGCCAGUGAGCUUUUAGAUCGUGAACUGAGAGUUCAUAUCAAUCAUGCUAAAAGGAGAAUGAUCAAGGUUAUGCAAAGAGAUCUUGAUGGAGAUCGUAGCAUGAAUCGAAUUGAACACUAUCUAGACUGCUCAAUCAUUACAAAUGGGCUUUCUAGGGCAUUCUCAACUGGAGCAUGGUCACAUCCAUACAAGAAAGCGGAAAAGAUUUCUGGUGUUGUGGCUAAUCUGAGCCGAACUAAUCCACUCCAAUCAAUAUCUGAAAUGAGAAGAACCCGCCAGCGUGUUGAAUACACAGGGAAAAUUGGUGGUGCAAGAUAUCCCCACCCUUCCCAUUGGGGGAAGAUAUGUUUUGUCUCUACUCCAGAUGGAGAAAACUGUGGUUUGAUAAAAAAUUUAGCCAGCACUGCACUUGUCAGUACGAGAGUUUUGGAACCAAUUUUUGACAAAUUGCUAGACUGUGGGAUGGAAGAGUUGGUGAAUGAUACCUCGACUUCACUUCAUGGAAAGAACUUAGUUUUUGUUGACGGAGAACUAGUUGGAGUUUGUCAAGAUUCAGCUUCAUUUGUUGCAGAAUUAAGAAGUAUGAGACGUAGAAAGGAAUUACCAAACCAGGUGGAAAUCAAAAGAGAUGAGAAGCAGAGAGAAGUACGCAUAUUUUGUGAUGCUGGAAGGGUUCUACGGCCUCUUCUAAUUGUCAAAAAUAUAAUGAGGAUCAAAUCAAUUAAAAAGGGAGACUAUGGUUUUCAAUCCCUUUUGGACAAUGGCAUAAUUGAACUUAUCGGAGCCGAGGAGGAGGAAGACUGUCGUACGGCAUGGGGAAUCGAGCAUCUCAGGUCGGCAUAUGGAGGGGAUGUACCCAUGAACUACACGCACUGCGAACUUGACAUGUCAUUUUGCUUAGGCUUAAGCGCUGGACUUGUCCCCUUUGCGAAUCAUAACCAUGCAAAAAGGGUUCUCUACCAGUCUCAGAAACACUCCCAUCAGGCAAUAGGUUAUUCUACUACGAAUCCGCGCAUCAGAGUUGAUACUCUUACACAUCAGUUGUAUUAUCCCCAGAAGCCUCUUUUCCGGACCAUGCUUUCUGAUUGUCUAGGAAGACCUGAUUGCAAUAUAACGCCAUUUAGGCCAGAAUUCUAUAAUAGCCAAUGUGCUAUUGUCGCAGUUAAUGUUCACUUUGGCUAUAACCAAGAAGAUUCAAUAGUGAUGAAUCGUGCUUCAGCAGAACGUGGUAUGUUUCGGUCAGAGCACAUCAGAAGUUACAAAGCUGAUAUCUAUAACGAUGAAGCCUUUUCCAAGCCACAGAAAGUAGAGGAUUCGAUGAAGUUUGGAAAGAUCCAAAGCAGAGUUGGACGUGUCGAAUGCUUAGAAGAAGAUGGUUUCCCAUAUAUCGGUGCAAGUCUGAAGGCUGGUGAUAUUAUUAUUGGGAAACAUGCAGAAUCAGGGGCUGACCAGAGUCUAAAACUGAAGCAUACUGAAAGAGGGACGGUUCAGAGAGUAGUACUCUCUGCUAAUGAUGAAGGGAAAAAUUUCGGUAUAGUAUCUUUGAGACAGGUUCGAUUUCCAUGUCUAGGGGACAAAUUCUCUAGCAUGCAUGGGCAAAAAGGCGUUCUCGGCUUCUUGGAGGCGCAGGAGAAUUUUCCUUUCACUGCACAAGGGAUAGUUCCAGAUAUAGUGAUAAACCCACAUGCAUUUCCUUCACGUCAGACUCCUGGUCAACUUUUAGAGGCUGCUCUGGGUAAAGGGAUUGCCCUCGGAGGUAAUGAAAAAUAUGCCACGCCUUAUUCCACUCCCUCUGUGGAAGUCAUAGCAGACCAACUCCACAAGGCUGGAUUUUGUAGAUCGGGAAGCGAGAGAGUGUAUGAUGGUCGUACUGGUGAAAUGAUACGUACCCUCGUGUUCAUGGGUCCAACAUGCUACCAGCGAUUAACCCAUAUGGCUGAAGACAAGGUCAAAUUCCGGAACACUGGCCCAGUGCAUCCUCUCACGAGGCAACCAGUUGCUGAUCGUAAACGGUUUGGUGGAGUUAAGUUUGGCGAGAUGGAACGUGAUUGUCUUAUAGCCCAUGGAGCAUCAGCCAAUCUGCAGGAGCGACUCUUUUUAUGUAGUGACUACGCACAGAUGCAUAUAUGUCGGAAAUGCAAGCACACAGCAAAUGUCAUACAACGCACAAUGGGGGGCAAACACAAAAUCAGGGGACCAUAUUGUCGCUAUUGCGAGUCUGCUGAAGACAUUAUUAAGGUAAAUGUACCUUAUGGAGCAAAGCUACUAUCCCAAGAGCUUUUCAGCAUGGGCAUAUCUAUCAAGUUUGAAACCAAGCUAUGGUAAAUUCACCAUGUUCCAUCAGUUUGUUGGCUUAGAGAUAGAUCCCUGUAUAUUAUCCUACGGCUUGUCAUAGAAGCUUCGUAUUACUAGCUUUAAGUAAUUAUGCAUGUAAGAUGAUGUUGAAUUUUAACUACCUUCUUUGUUAUUUAUAUCUCUUUCAAGCAAUGCGAAUGAGGUAUUUGGGAUCAAA